AGGAUAGUAAACAUCUGUAACCCAGGUUCUCUCCCUCACAUUAUCUCUGCCAUUUCACUUGGAAUUGUUUUAGGUGCUGAGAAGUUAAUAAGGCAUCUCCACAAACAUGGUGUACCUAUUGCCGUGGCAACAGGGUCUAGUAAAAGAAGCAUCGGGCUGAAGACAACCCGUCACCAAGAUCUCUUCAGUCUUUUCCUCCAUUUCGUAUACAGCAGUGAUGACCCAGAGGUGAUACACGGUAAACCAGCUCCGGACUGUUUCCUAAUAGCAGCCAGGCGGUUUCCAGACAGUCCAGAUCCUAGCAAGUGUUUGGUGUUGGAGGAUGCCGUUAACGGUGUAGUGGCGGCCUGGGCAGCAGGCAUGCAAUGUGUGUGGGUACCCGACCCGGAACAACCUCAGGACGGAUACAGCGAGAAAGCCACGCUCACACUCGAAUCACUUCUACAGUUUAAACCGGAACAGUUCGGACUACCCCCGUAUGAUGUGUAGCGUUCAGUGUGGUUUUAGUCUUAUUUAACUAUGCAGUAAUUAUUUGAAAUGUUUUACAUAGUCUGUCCCAUACAGGUAUUGAUUUUUGCUUUACAAUUAAGAAAUAAACAGUCAAAAUUUACAUAACAUACCUCAUUUUGUGUAGGUUUUUUAGUUAUAAAAGAUUCUAGUAAAUUUAAUUCAAGAACAAAAAUAUCCUCAUGUACAAGAGGAUUUUUUGGAUAAAUAAGACUAUUCAAGCCCUGUCCUUAGUCCUUAUUUAUCAAUCAUAAAUGGUAAUGUACAUAACACUGAUCAUAAAUGGUAAUGUACAUAACACUGAUCAUAAAUGGUGAUGUACAUAACACUGAUCAUAAAUGACGAUUUUCAUAACACUGAUCAUAAAUGGUGAUGCACAUAACACUGAUCAUAAAUGACGAUUUUCAUAACACUGAUCAUAAAUGGUGAUGUACAUAACACUGAUCAUAAAUGGUAAUGUACAUAACCCUGAUCAUAA